GGCGACCAUCCCGUCCUACAAAGCUCGGCGGGGCAGCCAUGGCCAGUAACACAAACUUCCCAGUUAACCUCAAUAUCAAACCCUCUCAUAAUAGUCACGACAGACAUGUCCUAAAUGCCUUCGACUCGUCUGCGCAAGAAGCGGCCAUUCGGGAAUAUGGCAUCGCUGGCAGGGUUUGGGAAGCUGCUUUUUUUUUGAACACAUAUAUCGAAGGGCUUCUAGAUAUAACUUUUGAUCCGCCCUUUUCGACGCCACACGACGAGGAAAAAUUGCUGUCGAUUCUCGAACUCGGCAGCGGAACUGGCAUCGUAUCUGCUAAAUGCGCCAAACAGCUAUCUAAUCGACAAUGCACUGUUAUCGCUACGGAUCUGCCGGAAGUUUGUCCGCUCUUGGCGAAGAAUCUCUGCAAAUAUAGCGAGCCAGAGCACGCGUCAGGACCCAGGUUGCUUGUCAGGCCGCUUGCUUGGGGGAACUACGAACAAGCCGAAGCAAUUCUUCAUGAGCUCAAAAAUACUUCCGACCAGAUACCUGCUAACUCCGGUCCAAACGCCCUAACUCAUAUUAUCUGUAGCGACUUGAUAUACUUUUCUGAGCUUCUUGCACCUCUGCUGCGAAGCUUGCUCCACCUUACAGGCCCGCCAUUUGUCUCUUCAUCCAGUACGUCGGACUGGCCCAAGAUAAUCAUCUCCUACAAAGUCCGAAGCCUUCCAACGGAAAUGCCCUUCUGGUCGGCCUUCGGCCUCUGGUUUACCUUUGAGCCUGUCUUGUGUCGCCAAUCGCCACCCCACCGGCCGAACACCUCCGCCACUGGCAAUGACCCAGAGGCACGAGCCGGAGAAGCACUCGAGAACUUUGAAGAGCCUGAAGAGGACACCUGGCGGCGCUUCGGUUCGGCCGGCGAUGACGAGGUAUUUGUGCUCGUCGCCCGACGAAGGCCAGAGUCGCUUGUAUGGGAUGUGCCGCCGGAUGAUGUUGAACUCCUUGGCGGUGUCGGCGCGAGCGGAACUCCGUCGCGGAAGGGCGAUUGCACGUUCGAGACACUGCUACUCAUGGGCAUGGAAGGUGAAUAA